AUGUCUCAUCUCGCAAAACGUCAAAAACUCGACAACGAUACACAUAAACCGACGGGAGACCAAACCACAAAUGAUGCGAGUGAAUCUCUCCCGAGUCCUCCCCCCGCAAAUGGAAGUCAUUCACCCAUAAAAUGCUCGAACGAGCUGGCCGUCAAUGCGGCAGUUGCAGGCUGGACUGCCGACUUGUAUACACCAGGAAAAUAUCCGUUUAAGAUCAACCCUCCGCCUGUUGGACGAGCAGUCCGAGUGUACUGCGACGGUAUUUAUGACGUGUUCCAUGUGGGACACGCAAAAUCGCUGGAACAGGCGAAGAAGUCUUUUCCAAACGUUUAUCUGUUAGUUGGAGUUUGCGACGACGCAACCACACAUGCCCGUAAGGGCAAAACCGUACUUACCGAGGAUGAAAGAGUAGAAUCAGUGCGACACUGUCGCUGGGUGGAUGAAGUCAUUCCCAACGCUCCUUGGAUAAUAGGAGAGGAAUUUCUUGAAAAGCAUCAAAUUGACUUCGUCGCCCACGACGAUAUUCCGUAUGCAUCAGGGGACCAGGAUGAUAUAUACCGAUUCGUAAAGGCACAAGGGAAAUUUCUCCCAACCAAACGGACAGAAGGAAUAUCAACGUCCGAUUUAAUCACCCGGAUCGUUAAAGAUUACGAUCAAUAUGUUAGGAGGAAUCUUGAGAGAGGGUUUACUCCCAAGGAAUUGAAUAUUGGGUUCUUAAAAGAACAAGAGCUCAACGUGAAGAAAUCAUUGUCAGAUAUUCAACAAAAUUGGCAUGGGGUGAAGGAAGAUCUCUCGGGUUUAAGAAGUGAUGUUAAACAAACAUUCGCCGUAUGGGAAGAGAGAAGUCAAGAGUUUGUUCGUGGGUUUGCUGGGCUCUUUGGGGCUGACUCUGUAUUGGAUAAGUUAUUGGGACGUCUUUCCCCGAGAAGACCCAUUCAAGACGGAAAUGUCAGUAGUGGUGGCAAUUCUAGCGAAGACUCGCAACCGACGUCUCCGAUUUACGAUCAAGAUUCGAUGGAACAAAGAUCGUGGCGUUCGCGGAAAUCACCCGUUAAACACGUAAUUAGUUUAUGGAGGCGCGACUCAUCCCCUUCGUAG